AUGACCGAAACCCAAGAGAGCCUCCGCAACCGGGGUAUCGCAGAAACCCCUCGACCAUUGGACUACAACUACCCAACUAUUGGACAUGGUUCGGACCCUGUGUUCCCUGAAGAGUAUACCGUUGAAACCAGUACUGGCCUUGUUCCUCAAAGAACCCUGGAGCAAAUCCGAUCUCAUGGUUCUAUCCCAUCCACGAAAAUUGACACACCAACAUACGAGCCCGACACCGACAUUGAAAAAGGAGGAAACGGCCCUACGGAGUUUGUAACCUUCACCAUCGAUGAUCCUGAACACCCCUACAAUUGGUCCAGCGUUUACCGCUGGUACGUCACUCUUGUCGCUUCGGCAGUUGUGGUAUGUGUCGCAUUCGGGUCCUCCAUCGUCACUGGAGGAUUGGGUUUAAUCGAAGAACAAUACCAUGUCUCUCUCGAAGUUGCGAUCCUGACAUGUUCAAUCAUGGUCUGCGGAUUCGCAGUUGGCCCUCUACUCUGGUCUCCCCUCUCUGAGAUCAUCGGCCGAAGACCUGUAUACAUCAUCUCCCUCACUUUAUAUACCAUUUUCAACAUUCCAUGCGCUCUGUCCCCGAACAUUGGUGGCUUGCUCGUGUGCCGGUUCUUAUGCGGUGUCUUCUCCAGUUCGGGUCUCUCCCUCGCUGGUGGCACCAUCGCCGAUAUCUGGAGCAUCGAGGAGCGCGGCAUGGCCAUUGCUUACUUUGCUGCUGCGCCAUACUGUGGCCCUGUGCUUGGUCCCAUCGUGACAGGUUGGAUCAACAUUGGAUCAGGUCGUCUCGACCUCUUCUUCUGGGUGAACCUAGCCUUCGCCGGUGCCAUUACAGUCAUGAUCGGCCUUAUUCCGGAGACAUAUGCUCCAGUUAUUCUUAAGCGCCGCGCCGCAAGACUCCGCAAAGAAACCGGAAACCCAAACAUCAUCACCGAGCAAGAAAAGACGAAGCUCACUUUCCAAGAAAUCGCCCGCACAAGUCUGAUCCGCCCCAUCACUAUGAUCAUGACCGAGCCCGUUCUCGACCUAAUGUGCAUGUAUAUCGUUCUAAUCUACGCAAUGCUCUACGCCUUCUUCUUCGCAUACCCAGUGAUCUUCCCCAAGCUUUAUGGCUACAACGACGGCCAGAUCGGACUCAUGUUCAUCCCCAUUCUAAUCGGCGCCGCCUUUGCCCUAGUUGUCACUCCAGCCAUCGAGGGCAAGUUCAAGAGGAUCUGCAGCGAGCGAUCUCCAACACCAGAAGACAGACUCCACGCAGCCUUGCUUGGUGCGCCUUUUAUCCCGAUCGCCUUCUUCAUCUUAGGUGCUACCUCCUACAAGCAUAUCAUCUGGGUUGGACCUGCUUCUUCCGGAAUUGCCUUUGGCUUUGGCAUGGUGUUGUGCUACUAUGCAGUUAAUAACUAUAUCAUCGACUCGUACCAGAAGUACGCUGCGUCGGCUUUGGCAGCCAAAGUAUUCCUGCGCUCUGGUGGCGGUGCAGCUUUCCCGCUGUUCACCACGCAGAUGUAUGAUCGUCUUGGGUUGCAGUGGGCUUCUUGGCUGAUGGCUUUCAUUGGAGUUGCCAUGGUUUUCAUUCCGUAUAUCUUCUACUUCUUUGGGGCAGGACUGCGUGCAAGACUUACCCGGGACUAG